AGCCGAAGAUGUCGGCUCGGUCAUGUGAUCAGCUGUGUCCAAUCACAGCUGAUCACAUGGCACUGAUGAUCAGUGUGCCCUGAUGAACAGAGUGGCCCCAGAAGUGCCACCUGUCAGUGUCCAUCAGUGCCAGCAGUCAGUGCUCAUCAGUGCCAUGUGCCAGUGCCACAUCAAUGCCACAUAUCAGUGCAUACCAGUGCACAUCAAUGCCACAUAUCAGUGCCCAUCUGAGCUGCCUUUCAAUGUCACCCAUCAGUGCCACCUAUCAAUGCCAAUUAGUGCCACCUAUCAGUGCUGCCAAUCAGUGCCACCUAUCAGUGCCAGUCAUCAGUGCCAGUCAGUGCCGCCUAACAGUGCCAGUCAGUGCUGCCUAACAGUACCAGUCAGUGCUGCCUAUCAGUGCCAGUCAGUGCUGCCUAUCAGUGCCGCCUAUCAGUGCCGCCUAUCAGUGUCAUGUAUCAGUGCUGCCUUUCAGUGCCCAUCAGUGAUGCCUGUCAAUGCCCAUCAGUGCAACCUACCAGUGCCUGCUCAUCAGUGC